ACAAGAUGGCGCGGUGUGUAUGACUGCGGAAAUGGUGUGACUUUGGCGGCACAGCGCUCUCGAAACAAGGCAUUAUUCCUUCAAGAUUUUGAGUCAGACAGGUACGAGUUGUCUUGUAAAAGAAGGUGCAAAUGAUCUAAAAGACACUGUUUUACGAUGAAGCUUCGUUGGGGAAUCUGUGGCUCUGGAUUGAUUGCUAAUGACUUCUUGGUUGGAUUGAGUACUCUACCUCCUGAAGACCAUAGCGUAGUAGCCAUAGCCGAGACAUGGACACCAGAGACGGCUCAAGAACUUGCUAAGAAGUUUCAUAUUGAUGCAGUGUAUGAGAAAUUUACAGAUGUUGCUGAAGACCCAAAUAUUGAUAUUGUUUACAUUGCUGUAUUGAACCAGGCCCAUCUGCCAUUGUGUAAGCUUUUUCUCACUCAUCAUAAAAACGUCCUGUGUGAGAAACCACUGGGUCUCAACAAAAACCAGUCCAGGCAAAUUAUUCAACUUGCAAAGGACAACAAUGUGUUCUUUAUGGAGGGAUGGUGGAGUCGUUUCUUCCCGGCAGCAGCUUCACUCCGUGACACCAUUGCCGAUGAUGUCAUAGGUCAAGUUAAGUUCAUGCAAUGCACCAUGGGAUUUGCUAUGAGCACCAAGGAUAGAAUAUGUAGAAAAGAGUGUGGAGGCGGGGCCGUUAUGGACAUGGGUGUGUACCCAUUGAAUCUUGCAUUAAUGAUCUUUGGUGAGAGGCCUGCAUCUUACUCGGCCACAGGAACCCUCGGCAAAACAGGUGUUGAUGAAAUGUGUGUUAUGACACUGCAGUUUCCUAAUAAAGGCAUUGCAACACUCUGUGUUAGUACGGAUACCAAACUACCCAAUGAGCUCAAUAUACAAGGAUUAAAAGGACGUAUUAAGAUUAAAAAUCCCUUCUGGUGUCCGACCAAACUAGAAAUAUCAACUUACGUAGCAGAGGAAGGCAGUACAGCUUUUGACAUCAAUGAAAAGACUGAAAUAUUAGAGUUUCCAUUGAUAAAGAGUUCUUAUCAUCAAAACUAUCCCAAUGCUGUGGGUUUGAGGUACGAGGCUGAGGCAGUUAGGCAGUGCAUUAUAAAAGGUAUGAAAGAAUGUCCUUUAGUUAGCCAUGCAGACAGCUUAUUCAUGGCCGAGAUGGUGGAAACUUUACGUCAUCAAAUGGGAUAUUACUUAGAAGGAGAUGAAAAUGUAACAAGUAAUUCGUUAUAAUGAGUUCCCUCUGGUCCAUUCACAGAAUAAAAUAGCUAAUUUCUGUUUUUUUAAAUAAAAAAGCCAGAAAGCAUUAAUGCACUAAUUGUUUUCAGCUUUUGUGGACCCUCUGGACAGUCAGGAAAACUUUGAAUGGUUGAAAGUACAUUCCAGAUUAAUUUCUUAUCAUGUGUAAUGCAAACUGUACCCCAAUGUGAUGGCAUAUGAUGUUUUUCAAAGGGUGAAAUGCUGGGUUAAUCAGUAAGAAACACAGACAGAGGUGUAUGUAUUAUUUGAAUCAAUAUUCUCUAUGCAUCUUGUAUUCCUACAUCAUUGAUCAUUUACACACUAUUAAGUUUGAGAACGCACAAUAUUGUUAUAGUUUCAGUGCUCUGAUUUAUUCUACUCAUAGGCUCGAGUUGUAUAUUGUAACAAAAUAUAAAACUGUAUUUGAUUUUGAAAUUUUCAAGUAUAUAUAUAUAAAUUCAGAAAACCAGAGAGACUUUCAAGCUUUUAGCUAAUUCUUGAAAUGUAUUUUCACUCUAAGAAUAUUUUUUAUCAAUAAUAUAAUGAGGCAAUAUUUCUUUGCAUAAUACAAUGAAUUCACACUUGGUGUAAAUUCAUCACAAAAUAUUUGCGCAGAGUCCAAUGAUAGUCUAUCAUAACAUAUUAUGCGCAGAGUCCAAUGAUAGUCUCACACACUGAGUGUAGACAAUGAUUAGUGGCGAUAGAAACCAGUUUUACCAAGUGAAAUGAUCCACUCAUAUGCCUAUUUCUCUACACUGUGUUAACUUUCGUUGUUCUUGAAGAAUGUAUUGAGUUGAUGAGUUGAUGACCAGUGUAUUACAAAGCUAUUAUAACAAAGGCAAAGGUACAAAGGUCGGGGAUAACGUUAUAAACGGUGAACUUGAGAUUUCAGCAUUGUUACCAACUCUUUUAUACAGUAGGGUUUGGUGACCUGGGCCACCCAAAGUUUAUAAUUGGUUUCUCUAUGAAACAAAUCAGAAAUUUAAUUGAUUUUAUUUGUUAAUUAGGAUUUGAAACCAUUUAUUAUUGGUGUAAUAUUUGACGGAUAGCUUCUUGUGUUGAUUUGUUGUAAAAUAAAUUGUUGACACUUCCACGUUGCCGAGGCCUUUCUCAGAUUCAAUUCUUUUUGUUAACAAUAAGAUCUCUUUUUCUAAAGAUGCAGAACUUAAAGAGUGUCAUUUCUGGCAUAGUUUUAUAACAGAUGGCCUCUAGUGAUCUUUACCAAGUAAGUUUUUAAGGUCAUUA